UCCAAGAAACAAGCCGGUGGACCGAAAUGAUCAGCUAAGUAAUAUUCAGCUUGUUUCAUAGACAGAUUGUUUGUGUCUGUUGGAACUCAUGACCGCUCUGUUUGUUGUACCGCUGGUCUGAAGCUGCAUCAUUAAUAGAAACAACCAGUGGCUGUGCGUAAUAGAAAAUAGUUAGUGUAAUUAACAAGUAACGCGACACUCAUGUGACCACCCUCCGCGCAGGGUGACAAAUAGAUGACGGAAUUACGGAUCCAUUUAUUCUCUCACUUUCUAACUUGACGGACAGGGUCAGUCCUGGCUGUGACUCCGGGGGUCGCGACCUUUGGCUGGACUGUGGCUUUAUGAGGAGGAGGGAUCCUGAUACGCGAUUGGCUGGAGGGGCUCGGCUGCCUCGGAUAUCGAACACCUGCCAUUCUGUGUCUCUCACAAGGUGGCUCAGGGGGGGAUCAACACAUUUAAAUUGUGAGCCCCUCCCAUGUAUUACACACUGACUAAAGAGACUGAUAUAGCUGAUGAUUGACAAUCUGUUUUGUUUGCAUCCAAAGAGGAGGGAGGUUCAAAGGACAUUAACUCUCAGUCAUAUAAGGCUUGAAAUCAAGAAUUAUCUUGCAAAAACAACACAGACGAUCACAGGCUGAAGUCCAGUAUCGGUGUCUGGUGUGUCUGCACUCUGAUAUAUAUCGGUCCUGAGUCCUGGGAGUCUAGGAGCACAAGUGUUGGGUUGGGAGUCACCGCUUCCCACAGCCAGUAUAAGAGCUGUUUGCAUGAAGAGCAGGGAUGAGACAGAAGACUGUUUAGCUCCGGGACUGUCGACAACUCUGCCACUCAGGGGAGAGGCUGCAGCGAGGGCGAGUCCACGCUAUCUGAUGCUGGACAACGAGAAGCUGCUGCUACAGUUUGGACUGGACAUGUUAUUGACGGGAUCACAUCUCUACAAAGGACUUAACUCGAGCCAGAUUCAAACUUGAUUGCCACUGGUUAUGAAAAUCUGCACUCCAAGAUUAAAACGGCUGGGGGUAAGAUGUUUGUGGAGUCAGUCGUCCGAUGGGGGGCGUGGAGCAUCCUGCUCCAGUUUGGACUGUGUGUAUCUGCAGGAAGUUGUCCUCCACGCUGUGUGUGUCGACCCGAGGCUAAAGAAGUGAUCUGCUCUGGCAAACAUUUGAACUCGGUUCCAGAGGGCUUUUCCAGCGAUGCCAGGCGUUUGGAUUUAUCCCACAAUAAGAUUAAGACUGUGGGGCGCCGCCAGUUCUCUGGCCUCCUGCAACUUCAAGAGCUGGAUCUCAGUGAUAAUAUAAUCUCCAUGAUUGAGGUGGAGGCUUUCCAGGGCCUACAGAAUCUCAGGACGCUUCGGAUUAAGAAUAACCGACUCAAGAUCAUCCCAGUCGGGGUGUUUUCUGGCCUUUCCAAUCUGCGUUUUCUGGAUCUGAGCCAGAAUGAGAUCCUGGUCUUCCUGGACUAUACCUUCAAAGAAAUGGUAAAUCUUCAAACGUUAGAUGCAGAAAAGAACGACUUGGUGUUCAUCUCCCAGCGGGCUUUCUUUGGUCUGCAGAAUCUGCAGGAGCUCAACAUAGACCGCAGCAACCUGACAUCCAUUCCCACCGAGGCGUUGUCCCAGCUUCAGAGCCUGACACGUCUUCGCAUGCUACGUCUCACCAUUUCUACGCUGCCCAACAAUGCUUUUCGACGACUCCACCGUCUACGUAACCUCCUGAUUUCAAACUGGCCAUCAUUGGACACAAUGGCUAGCAAUAGCUUGAUUGGUCUUAAUCUGACCUCGCUUGUCAUCAGCAGCUGCAACUUAAGUGUUAUUCCUUACUCAGCACUUCGUCACCUGGUGUAUUUGCGCUUCUUGGACUUGUCCUACAACCCCAUCACUGUUAUCCAAGGUAAUAUGCUAGGGGACCUCCUGAGACUUCAGGAGUUACACCUAGCAGGGGGGAGCCUGCUACGAAUAGAGCCGGGGGCCUUUAGGGGACUGGCAUACUUCCGCAUGCUUAAUGUGACAUCCAAUGAGCUCACUACUUUGGAGGAGAGCGUCUUCCACUCUGUGGGGAACCUUCAGGUGUUGCGGUUGGAUGGGAAUCCCCUAGCAUGUGACUGCCGUCUCAUUUGGGUGGUCCGCCGCAGAUUGCGCUUGAACUUUGAUGGACAUCAGCCCACGUGUUCGUCUCCUGACGCGGUGAGACAGCGUGAAUUCAGAGACUUCUCAGAGAAGGAGCUCCCGAGGCUGUUUACCUGCCGCCCUGCCCGCAUCAUGGACCGCAGGCCGCAGGAGGCGAGAGUAGAGGAGGGCAAUACAGUUCUCUUCUCCUGUAAGGCCGAUGGGGAUCCAUUCCCAUCUAUCACUUGGAUCUCAUCCCAUAAGAAUGUGGUUUCUCCAACGGGGCGAAUCAGAGUUUUGCUCAAUGGUACUCUAGAAGUGCGUUUUGCCCAAGUUCAGGACAGCGGCACAUAUCAGUGCUUGGCGAGCAAUGCAGCCGGCAAUGACAGCCUGACUGUUGGUCUGUAUGUGAAGGGGCUCCCUCGUAACCGAACCAUCCCUUACAUAACAGAGGAGGGCUGGUCAGAGCCUUCAAACCCACAAGCUGCCAACUCCUCGGCUCAGAUGGCCAAGCCAUACCCGUUUGAUGCAAAGACCCUGAUCAUCGCCACCACCAUGGGCUUCCUGUCUUUCCUCAGCUCGGUGGCCAUUUGUUUUGUCUUCAUGUUCUUCUGGAGCCAGAGCAAAGGUCAGAUCAAGCACACGGCAACUAUUGACUUUGUUCCUCGAUCUUCCAUGGGUGGUGGAGGAGGCGACGGCGGUGACGGUGGCAGGUUUACUAUGAAACUUAUUUAAAAGGUCAAGGAAAAGCCUGGAGGGGGGGUGGUCUUUGGCAUUGACUGUGAGUCCUUCUGCACUAUGGACCUCCAGUUGGGACAGAGACCCUGAUUCAAAGGCCUGUUUGGACACCAGUUUGUGGGGCUGAUGCUGGCCCUCUUCUAAUUUUAUAGUGGAAAGUUACAUCUCAAACACUUUGCUGUGUUAUCUAACUUAUGAAUACAUCAUGACGCUGGAAUAGAAAGAUGUUAACAGAUUGUAGGCGGAGCUGCCUCGUGAUUGCUGUGUUUUGUUUUUCUAACUAUUUCUUUGAAUAGGCAAAUGACCAAGUACUUACUUAGCACAGGUCUAAUUGUUUUUUAUGUAGCAUGUAAUUAUAAAAUAGUUUAAAGUGUCACAGAUUUUGUGAUUAACUCAUGAAGAAAGUUUGCUGUUGGCACAUUAAAGGUUUCUGCAUUGUCAAAACAUAUCAGGUGCUUGUUUAUCAGUCAUUUACAUUGUACAAGUGCGCUCAGCUUUAUGUCUUCACUCGCCAGUACAAGCCAAGUAAACAUUUGCCCUGUUGACCCCCCAGUCGCUAUUUCUGCUUACCCACAGAGGAUCAUGUCAAAGACUGCCAACUCAGCAAUGGCUGAAGACUUUAACAUGUGAUGAUGUGACUACGAAAAGCUUUUGAUACUUGCAAUAACUAUAUGGAAUAGACUAGCCAAAUAAUUUAUAAUUCCCAACUUUAUUGUUAAAUCUUUGACAUUUUGGAGCUUUGCAGUACGUUGCAGGUAUGCUGCAAUAGAGAUGCGCUUUCUGUUAUAGGCACUGCUUAUUUUAAAUGAUCGUGUAAAGAUAUUUAUAGCAUACCAUAAUGUACAUAGGAAUGUAUCCUUUCCCAUUUCAUACUAAAAAGCAAGUUUCUCCAAAGUUUGUCCAAACUAGAUCACUGUCUUUCUUUUAUAACAUUCUUUUAUCAUGUACUUAUGUCAGAUGAUUCUUUGUUCCAUCACUAAAUGCUUUGAUUUCUCCUUUUUAUAUUCAAGAAACCACUUUUUAUUUUUAUUUUUUAGCCAUACAAAACACUGAAAACUAUGUGCCUCAGUAACAUUCUCACCAUUGACAGAGAGAAUGCUCACCCCAUCAUUGUUAACCUAACUAAAUAUUUAGGUCAAGGGUGUUUGUGUGUACUGGGGUUUAUUCUGUCAUUUAGUUCACUAGUUCUGGGGAUUAAUGUCACUCAAAUAUGACACUCACCUGUAGUAGUAUAAACUGUGUAGAUGCACUAUGCAGAAAAAGCAAUGCUUAAAAGAGGACGUGAAUGAUUCACACACAUCUUGUUCUUUUUUCAUUUCACUUUAUUAAACGCCUGUAUUUAAA